UGUUUCGGAGUCUCAUGCUUACUAUACUACUACUUGGAACCUCGUCGCCAUUCGCAACGCACGGUUCUUUGCCUCUCGUUUUCUCUUGUUUCGAGUUCCUGGAAGUUUUCCACGACUUCUUCUCCACUCUUUUUUUACUUCGAGUAACCCUCUCUUUCGUCAAAUGAGACAAUCAUGAACGGCAGUAGCACAGAACGAAGAUAUCGCCCGCCUACACACUUGUCCACGACAUUGCCUCAAUACCAUAAAUAUAUCAAUCCUCCCACCAAUCUGACCUCCUCGCCACUUCGAGACAUUCCAGAACCACUCGAUCUUUUUAACAUUAAGCAAGACCUCGAGAAUAUGGUCAACGAGCCCGAGACGCGUGCUCAACGUUUACAACGAGAUCUCGCUCAUUUACUCGACAAUGUUAAAGUUCACCACGAGAAAGAACAACCGUCCAAACGAAUUACAGGAGGCAAAAAUAUGAAUGUUGUCAUGGAAAGAAUGCGCAAACAAGAGCGUGCAUCCCUUGUAACAGACGACUCUCAAGAGAAUAACAGUUUUCGCACCAAUAUAUCGAGAGUUUCUAAAAACCAAUUGGAACGUCAAGCUGCACUGGAAGCGUUAAAAAAACGAAGACGACGAGAUGAUACAGAUGACGAGCAAGUGUUGCCGGCUCUAGACGACUCUCCUAUUAAACAGAAAAGCGGUUCUCCCUCGAUAGAUGAAAAUGUCAAACUCUCCAAUUAUCAACAGGAAAUUCGAAAGAAGAAAAGUACUGGCAGCGAUCAUGCUGUACAUAAUGGCAAACGACGGCAGCAACAUCAACAACAACAGCAACAACAAAAACUAAACCAUUUCAACGAUCAUCAUAAUAAUCAUCAUCAUCAUCACCCGAAAAAGCAAAAGAAUGCAGCAACAAUGGAUGACGAUCUGGAUUAUAUUCGCGUAAAGCCAAACAAUCAAGUACCUAUUACGACAUUUUGGACUGCCAUGGAGCCGUACUUUCGACCUUUCACCGAGGAAGACCGAGAGUAUUUGAUGGAAAAGCCAACAGAUUCUGUCACGCCAUAUGAGAUACCAUCACUCGGCCAGUUUUAUCUCGACAAAUGGGCAGAAGAAGAACGGAUAUUACUUUACGAUGACACGUCAAUGUCUAAUUCUAUCUCCAACACCACAACAUCAACAACAACUGCCCCUCCUUCUACAUAUUCGUCGUCGACGCGUCGAUCUCGAUACCCAAAUCCUUUUUUUAACACAACAGCACACACAAAUACUAUCACUGAUGAUUUCAAUGCCAAUAAUAACAACAGUAAUGACCACGCAGCAACAAAUACAUUGAACGAUACAGCAGGCAAUACUCUACUAGGACGAUUAAUGAGCAGUUUGAUUCCUGAACCGAUGGAUCUGGAUGCCAUCCUAUCAGAAGGAGAGGACGACAAUGACGAUGACGAUAGUAAUAGCGAGAGCAAUCUUUCCCGAAAACUGUCGAUGGAUUCAACCAAUAGCAGCAUAACAACGGCAGCAACAUCCACAAUGACAACAACAGACGAUGAAGAGGACGACAAAGUGAUUACAGAAGUCGAGUGUGUUGAUACGGAACUGGCAAUGCAUGAGGAUGAUGAUGAUGAAAUUAUUGGGCUGGAAGAACGGCUUAAGCGCGAGUUGCAAUAUGUUGGAUUGCUACGUAGCGGUAAUGGUAGUAGUAAUGGCAAUCAUGUCGAUGAUGAGGAUGACGAGAUGGAUUGGAAUGCAAGGGAAGACGAUGAGAUUUCAGCGCAGCUUCGGAAACUGGGGAAGGAGCUUCAAGAGCAAAUUAAGGUGAACGAGUUUCGCAAAGCACGGCUGCUGCAAGUUGUAGAUACCCAAUUACAAUACGAUCAAUACCGCCAAGUACUGGAUGUAUUAGACAUGCAAGUGGAACAAAGUUACAUGAAGCGAUUUCGUGUGCAAAAAGUCAAAAAACGCAAGUCUGGAUCCGCACCCAAAGCUGCAUUAUCUGAACACACGAUCGCAGCCAUGGAAAAACGCACCAUGUGUAUUACUGAACUUGGAGCUAUCUUUGAUGAAAAGAACCUCGUUCUGCCCACCAAAUCCAUUUACGACGAUGACGAGAUAAAGCCAGAAGUUGAAACGUUGUGUACAAAAACAGAACAAUAACGUAAUCUUUUCUUUAUUACGCUGUACAUGUCUCUCCAUUACCUCUAUCCCCCAAACCCUUUCACUCUAACUUUGCACUCAGUACUUGCACACACAUCUAUAAAUACACUCACACACACGCACACACACACACACACGGCACUUGCUAACAUAAAAGUCAUUUUACAUAUAAAGAAGACACCUUACAAUAGUAGAAAAAAAAACUCCAUCAGACGAUAUCUCUUGAAUGAGUACAUUUGCAAG